AUGAUUGUGGCUAAGUUGUUGAUUGAAGUGAGAAGCAACGAAAUGUCCCAAGGAGGGUCACUAAAGCUUUCUAUAAGUCUUAAUCGCGGAAUCUCGUCAACAACGGAGAACAGUCGGCUUAUCAGCGAGACAAAAGAAGACGGGGGUGAGAGCCGACGAGAUAGUGUCGAAUCUGCACAAGAAAUACCAACUAAGUUCACCGCCGCCAGACAAUCCGAGUUGUUGAAUGUGAAGAUACCAACUGGAACAAAGGCUCAGAAGAGGAAGCACAUUCAAACAAAUUUUGACAAUGUUGCGUUGUUGAAUCAGUCAGCACUAGAUGCUCAACGUAAGGAGAAGGAGCGCUUGGAGAGGCUGGAAAGGCAAAAGCAGGCGCUAGGAGAAAAUGAUCAUAUCCAACAGAUGGCGGCUAUGUUGCCUAAACCGAUCACUCCGCUCCCAGUAAUUGAUGCGUUUGAUCCUGAAGUCAUUUGCUUGAUAGGAGACGAUGAAGAUGGUAUUGUCGAUGAUAAGAAGAAUAUCAACUCUUCUAACAUUCGAUGUAGAGCCGUUCCAUCAGCUUCAAAGGCUGAGCCAGAGGUCAUUGAGCUCUCAAGCGGUGAUGAAGACGAAAAAGAGACUAUCGGUGUUCCCCGUCGAGUUCCGCCAACUCUUCCGUACAGCUACGACUAUGGGAAACGCUCAAGAUUAAUGUUUUCGGACAAGGAUCGGUUGGAUCGAGAAAAGAUGGAGAAGCAACAUCAGAUCGAAAAAGAACGCAUGAAAAAGCGAAGAAAUUCUCAAGAACUAGAAAAAAUUGAGCUGACCACAACUGGUCGCCUGUUAGUGAACGCUGGGCAUGGGUUCGAGGAUCCCGAUGUGCACGUUGCGUCGCACCUUAACCAUGUUUUACAGCCUCAUCAACUCGGUGGAGUUCGCUUCAUGUAUGACAAUAUUAUUGAGUCAUUGCAAGAAUUCAAAACUUCGCCAGGUUUUGGAUGCAUUCUUGCACACAGCAUGGGACUGGGGAAAACUAUACAGGUUAUUACAUUUGUGGAAGUGUUCAUGCGCGUGACGCAGGCAAAGAAAAUACUCAUCAUUGUUCCAGUGAAUACCAUUCAGAAUUGGUACAAUGAGUUCGAAAAAUGGAUGCCGAGGUACAUGGAAAGUGGUGAAAUAGGCCGUCGUUUCGAUGUUUUUCUGCUAGGUGAUUCUGUAAAAACCUUCGAUCAACGAGUGAAUAUGAUCGAGGAUUGGUCACUCAAGGGUGGUGUUUUGUUGAUUGGCUAUGAGAUGUUUCGUCUGUUGAUUCGAUCUACUCAACCUAAAAAGACCAGCAAAUCUAAGCCGAACGCACAACAGACUCUCCGUCCUGAAAUCGAGCAAAAACCUGACGAUUUCGAUCAGGGAUUCACUGCAGAUGGUCGAGUGAAAAAAGAAGCUAAUGACAAUAUAGCUUCUGCCCUUAGUGCUAUCAAGACGAGGCGUCGUAUCGUGCUUACCGGUUAUCCGCUGCAGAACAAUCUCAUGGAAUACUUUUGCAUGGUGGAUUUUGUUCGACCUGAUUUCCUUGGCUCAAAGAAGACUUUUUCGCUCCAAUUUGAGAAGCCUAUCAAAAAUGGACAAUGCAUAGACUCAACUGCACGGGAUAUUAAAAUAGCACGUCAGCGAAUUCACAUUCUGAACAACAUGCUCAAGGGAUUCAUCCAGAGGAGAACUCAUCACCUUCUGAAAGCGAUUUUACCAGAAAAUAAGGAGUUUGUCAUUCUUCUUCGUAAAAGCCCUCUUCAACAUGCGUUGUACAGGAAUUUCGUGAUGUACGCUAACGCUGAAAUAAGUACAGGAAAUACAUCAGUCUUCAAUCCACUGAAGGCGUUUGCAGCUUGCUCAAAGAUAUGGAAUCACCCCGACGUUCUCGCUCAAACGCUCGACAGGAAACGUGAAGAAAGGAAGAAGAAUAAUGUCAAAGAAGUAAAUGAUCCUCUCGACUACAAUGGCCAAGCGCAGGAGCGCAACUUACCGAGUUCCACUCUGUGGCAGUCAGGACCGUUUUCUACCAGUACCACAUUAACAAGUUUCAAUACUUCGUAUCCCGGUGGAAACGUUCCACCGCAAUGUAACUCAUUACCUGGGCCAAGCUACGGAUCUCAAACACCAAACUCUAAACUUAUGUGGAGCCCAGCGUACAAUAGUUCACCUUACGCAGAGUCUAAAUCCGGGACUUCAUUUCUUGAACGGGUUUUGAAUUCUGAAGUUAUGCAAGCGCCAAAUAUCACGCAUCAGACCCUAUGGAGUGGCGUUUUUGCUACCGGACCACCGGAAUCUUUAGGCAGUCCUAGUUUCAUGGAUACCAGACGUGAUGGCAGUGUUCGUCCACCUAUAAAAGGAAAGCGUGCCACUAGAGUGAAAGUGAAAACUAUUCAGAGGGUGAUGGAAGAAGAGUUUGAUAUUAUAGAGAAUGAUCAAGGGCUGCAGUAUGACUGGGCUGAAACAGCAAUGUCCUCGUACAAGACGGGAAACAUCGAACACGGUUAUAAGAUGGUGCUAGCGAUGGAGUUACUGGAUGCAACCGUUCGAGUAGGAGAGAAGAUGUUGAUAUUCAGCCAAAAUUUGACAGCGUUGGAUCUUAUAGAAGAUUAUCUAAGACGUCGUAAGCUGCAAACCAGAACAGACAGGACGGCGUGGAUGAAGGGGAUAAAUUACUUCAGACUUGAUGGAAGUACACCAGGAAUAGAAAGAGAAAAGUUGAUAAAUCGAUUCAAUUCUGAUCCUAAUGUGCAUCUGUUUUUGAUAUCUACGCGAGCAGGUUCCCUUGGCAUCAAUCUGGUGUCAGCGAGUAGAUGCAUAAUAUUUGACGCAUGUUGGAAUCCAUGUCAUGACGCACAAGCUGUUUGCAGAGUGUACAGAUACGGUCAGCAAAGACGCACGUACAUAUAUCGCCUUAUCCUGAAUAAUUGUAUGGAGAAGGCAAUCUUUAAUCGGCAAAUCAGCAAGCAUGGGCUCCAACAGAGGGUAGUGGACGAUGCACAAGUGGACGCUAACAUCACACAGAAAGAAUUAGAGACGCUUCUUAUGUACGACGAAGCAUUGGAUGUGAUUCAUGACAAAUGGGAUACAUCUAGCUGGGAUCUCGGCGAUGAAGUGCUGGAGUCAGUAGUAAAGAGUAGAAGCGAAAUGCUUGCUGAAGAGCCGUUUCUUCACGAAUCGUUGAUGCUUGAACGAGAAGAAGGUUUGAGUGAAGAAGAGAAGAAAGAAGCUGAGUUGUGGUUUGCAAGGGAACAAUAUAAAGAGUCCUUCGACCUUUCUUAUUCUGACGGACCGUUAUUCAACCCAGACAGCGAGACUGGAUUACAUUUUGGAGGACACCCCAGACCAUCGAGACCUUAUUUGGGGACACCGUUCCCGCCAAAUUUUGCGUUUGGUCCCGCCAACGCUCCUCCAUUGCGUGCGACCCCAAUGCCGCAUUUGUUAGACCGCAUUCCAAAACCUGGUGGCAAUGCCGCGUAUCCAAUGGGGUUAACACACGCAACUAACAGCGCCAAUGAAGGUAGAAGAAUGUUGGCUGGAAAUCGUAUGAACACUCUGAGUGAAGGAACUCGUCGCGUCCCACCGUUUCCAGGAGCUGCCGUGGCUUUUGAGCCCUCCUCGAACACUAGAGGCAGUGUGCAGCUUAUCAGUACCGAUCGAGCGUUGAGUCUUCCUAUCGUAUCACAUCCAUCAGAAAUGCGUGAAGUACCAGCUAACACUCAAGCCAUGCUUAUUCGAAGUGGCGAUGGGAUUUUCUUACGCCUCAGUAAUGGAUUACUUCUAAAUGCGCAGGAUUCCAUUUAUGACACAAUUCCACGGCAGCCUCCUCUGAUUACGAUCCCUCCUGAUUCUACACAACGACUUCGGCUCCCUCCGCCUCUUCAAACUAUUCCAGACAUCAUAGAAUUGGAUUGA